GUUUCUAGGUCGUAACAAGGGACGCUAAAGGAAAUGGGUCACCAGUUAACAGGGAAACUACUCAAUCAGAAACACCGCAGACAUCGAAGCGCUGGAUUCAAGUGUUUCUCCCGGUUCGUCUGCGGCUGUGUCCGUGCCAGCUCCUGCAGAGCGCAGGGAUCAGCCGUGGUCUGGAUGGCUGACGGACAGGGACGUGGACCAAUAACCUGACAAGAUGCUGGCUCGCAACCGCUUCCUCCUCCUGGUGGUGGUGGGCGGCGCUGCGCUGGCCAUCAUCAGUCUCAGCCUGCAGUUCUUGAACCUGAUCCCCAUCACCCCCAUCGUGGAGGAGCGACCCUUCCAGGCCCCAGAUGGAGGCGUGAAGACCGCCGUGGGGAAGAGCAGAAAGCGGGUGUUCCCGGCCCCCCACACCCAAGAACCCAACCCCGUAUCCGAGGCUUACGGCUACUGCAACACUCCCAACCGCACCGAACAGGCCUGGGAGGGCCACAGUCCUGCAGACUACAAGCUGCUGUCCGUCCAGGUGAUGAUCCGCCACGGGGACCGCUACCCUCUGUACUCCAUCCCCAAGACCAAGAGACCGGCCAUAGACUGCACCCUGUCCAACAGCAGGAACCCGUCCCACCCACUGCUGAGCCCCUUCAUCAGUCACAUGGGCCAGGGGAGCCGAGGCCACUGGGAGUCCCCUCUGGGCUCAGUUCCCCGUGUGCCCAACCACAGCUCCUGUGAGAUGGGAGAACUCACGCAGACCGGUGUGGUGCAACACCUUCGCAACGGUCAGCUGCUCCACCACGCCUACAAACCACACAAGCUCCUCCCACCUGUCUGGACGCCUCGCCAGGUUUGGCUUGAGACCACAGGUAAGAGCCGCACCCUGCAGAGCGGCCUGGCCUUCCUGUACGGCCUCAUGCCGGACUUCGACUGGACCAAGCUAACGGUGCGUCACCAGUGGAACACGCUCUUCUGCGGCUCCGCCUGCGACUGCCCGGCCCGGAACCGAUACCUGGAGGAGGAGCAGAGGCGGGAGUAUCGGCUCAGAGUGGCCGAUACUGAGCUGGAGAGGACGUACGCCGAUAUGGCGCGCACGCUGGGGCUGCCCACUCGCCAGCUCCGAGCUGCGAACCCGAUAGACUCCCUGCUGUGCCACCUGUGCCACGGCCUUUCCUUCCCCUGCGUCCCUCUGGGGGACAACGGCUCCGGCGGGUGCCUGACGUUGGCGCAGUUUGCCGUGAUCCGGCGGCAGCAGUUAGACGACGAGGCGGACCGGAGGAGAGUGGGACUGUACCACAAAUACGCCAUCUUGGCAAUGUACCCCUACCUCAAUAAGACCGCCGCUAAGAUGGAGCGGGUUGCCAGGAGCAACGAGGCCGGCCGGCAGCCCCGCGUGGGCGGCGAGGAGAUCUUCACCCUCUCCUCGGCCCACGACGUCACCGUGGCGCCCCUGCUGAGCGCGCUGGGACUGGAGGAGGCCAGGUUCCCGCGCUUCGCAGCCAGAGUCGUGUUCGAACUGUGGAAGAGCCCCCCGGUGACGCAAGUCAAGAAGAAAGCCGGGAAAGGCGAGAAGUCCAAGGCCAAAGGCGGGGAGUUGUUCAUCAGGGUGCUGUACAACGGAGAGGACGUGACGUUCCACACCGCCUUCUGUCGGUCCCACGAGCGCCACGUCAGCCAGCCGCUCUGCCCCAUGAAGAACUUCCUGUCCUACGUCAGAAGGGACAUGUUCAGUGUGUUCAACGCCACCUCCUACAAGGAGGCGUGCUACAAACCCCUCGUUUGAGUGACGGGCAGAUGGAGAGGCUGCACGUCCGACGGCUGCCCUCGUCAUCCACACACUUCCACUGUAGUCCUUAACAUUCUUCAACACGGAGUAGCACCAGCACUCAGUACUGAACAUAACAUGGUGGUUAGAAAGGUAACCUUUCUACAAACUGCUAAUCCCUUUUGCAUCUGUCAGCAUGCGUGACAAGGAAAGGGAAGACAUACGGCACUUCGCCACUUUAUUCCUACAUUUCCUACUUUCUUGAAAUUGUCGUUAAUCCCAAAUGCCUG